AUGAACCAUCCUUACUAUGGCGGCUCUCAUUCUCCAUUGGCUCGUAGAGCGACUAUUCCUAUAUCAUCUACUUUGGCCCCUUCAGUGUCUAUGAUAGAUCCGGCUUUGGAAACCUCGAAUUUUCAAUAUCCAUCCACACCCAUUGCUCAGAACAAUGGACAUUUGCUGCCGAAUCAGCUCCAUAUGAAUAUGGCUAAUGAAUUCCCGCCGUCGCCUCAACACCAACGGCAGCAAGCGCAGCAAGCGACACAAGAGGUUCCACGGGCACCGUUGGGGUCACCAAAACGCAGCCUCCCAUCUAAAGAGGUCAAUGAAGACAAUCUCGACGAAGCUUAUGCCAAGUUCAUCCUCUACUGCAACCCAUCAAUCCCACUGGCCGUCGAAACUGAGGAGCUCAAGAAAGGAUUCCGCAACCCACCGCGCAGUGAUGGCAACAUCUUCUCAACAUGGACUCUGUUUGUGCUCUUGCAGAAACUGGAGAAGAAGGAGAUCAAGACCUGGGCCCAUCUUGUCAUAGAGCUAGGCGUAGAGCCACCGGAUAGAGAGAAAAAUCAGAGCACUCAGAAAGUACAACAGUACGCUGUUCGGUUGAAAAGAUGGCUUCAUGCCUACCACGUCGAUGCCUUCUGCAAUUAUCUCUCAUCCAAGCCAAGCACCUACUACACCGAGAGGCCGCAGACAGACGCCGAACUUGCUGAGACUGUCCGAGAAGGAGUCCCACCAGAGGAGGACCUUGCGGUCCGGGCUCUGCUCCCGGAAUGGCGUCCUAAACGUGGUCGGCGAAAAGCUGACGACGUCGCAGAAGGCGAGCAAGGGAUAGACGGUACCAAUUCGAUCAAUCAGCAUCAUAGCAUUCGUGCGAGUAGUGCUGAGAUAUCAACAAUGUUUGAGGACCAUUACUCCGCUGCCCCUUCGAGCGCCGCGCCUUGGAGUGCGUCACCACACGUGCCACAAGGCGACGUGUGGCAAGCAGCACAUGUAGCCAUUGCACCAAAAGCUCACAGCCCAGCGCAGCAGCACCAAACUCUCAGUGCCCAUCCGAACAGUGCGACACAGCGGAUGUGGCAGUUUCCGCGGACGGGUGGGAACACGGCAGAGACUCCGGCUUCCCCUUAUCCGCAAAGCGCCAUCACCCCCCGAGCUCCUUAUUCUGCUGCUCCAGCCUUUGGCGAGAAUGAACCAAAAUCAGCCCUGCCAGGGAGUGGCACUGGCAGCGCCAGAUCGCCAAACACCAAGGUUCGGAAACGUCAUGCUUCUGCCAUCUCCAGCGCGUGGAAUCAGGGUAGCACAUCAGGUGGGAAGAUUAGGGGAAGACCACCGAGUAAUCGCAAUGUGCAAGACGGACCCUUUGGCACCUUCCCUGUGAACCCAAAUGCCAAAGAUAGUAAUACAUCACCAAACACCCUUCCAACACCCAUAUCUACCACCACUUCGCAACCACCGCAACAUUCUAGCCUUAGCCCACCUCAACAGCAUUCGGCUCAGAUGUCGCGCCCAAUUCCUGCGUCUUCGCAACAUCGGCACACGCCAACGCCGCCCGGCGACAGCCAUGUGGGUGGCCGCAAGCCCUCGAAACUUCAACUCCAGGUACCACAUCAGCCAGGCAAUCCGGUCCGUCUCGCCACUCCACCUCGGGUCCUGGUCAACGGGGAGUCACAGCUUCAAGCGCCGGUCCACCAAAGACAACCAUCUGCUGACUUUUUCGAGACGUUGGGCGAUGUAUCCGAAGAGGAACUAAGUAAUAUUGACCCGAACGAAGAGGAUGAGGGUAAUGUGGACUGGAGGCGACGUUGCGGCAUCCUAGUGCGGAAGUUACAGGAGAAAGAGGAGCAGCUGAAAAAAGUACGGAGGGCGGUUUUGGAUGCUGUCAUGUGA